AUGAAGCACCCGGCGGUGAUCCUGGGCGUAUGCGCGAUGGAUAAAAAGUCUCGGAGCAGCGCGAUGCGAGAGAUCCUGACGCGCAUCGAGGCGUUCGGGGAGUUUGAGAUCGUCGUCUUCGGCGACGAGCGCAUCGUGAACGAUCCGGUGGAGACGUGGCCUCGGGUCGACGCGUUGGUGUCGUUUUACUCCAAUGGGUUCCCGUUACAAAAGGUGGAGGCGUACGUGGAGCUGGUGAAACCGUUCGUGGUGAACGAUCCGCACGACCAGUGGACGCUGCUCGAUAGGCGAUUGGUGUACAAGCGAUUGCAGGAGCAUAACAUCCCGGUGCCGAAUCACAUCGUGGUGAAUAGGAAUGAUUACGUCAAGAGAGGGGGGUUACGGAAGAAGCCAAAGGGAGACGAGGUCGCUCUGCCGGAUCAGCCGACGUUUGAGCCGAAGGAGUUUAGUCAGGAUGAAGAAUACGUGGAGAUUCAAGGGAAGCGGAUAUGCAAGCCGUUCGUGGAGAAGCCGGCGAACGCGGAGGAUCACAACAUAUUCAUUUAUUAUCCACACAGCGUGGGCGGGGGGUACAAGCGACUUUUUCGGAAGAUUGGGAAUCAGUCAAGUCAGUACUACCCUCCACCGGAACCCGUCGGCGACGGGUUGCCGUACACGCCCGUGCGGGAGACGACGUCUUUCAUCUACGAGGAUUUCAUGUCCACGAACGGUACCGACGUUAAGGUGUAUACCGUGGGGCCUAACUACGCGCACGCCGAGGCGAGGAAGAGUCCGGUCGUAGACGGGAGAGUACAGCGAGACGAGAGCGGCAAGGAGGUGCGCUACCCAAUUUUACUCACUCCAGAGGAGAAGGAAAUCGCUCGACGAGUCGUCUUGGCGUUCGGACAGAACGUGUGUGGGUUCGAUCUACUUCGUGCGAAGGGUAGGAGUUACGUCUGCGACGUCAACGGCUGGAGUUUCGUAAAGAAUUCGAAAAAGUACUACGACGACGCCUCCGUGUGUUUACGUGCAAUGAUUUUGAAGGCCGUCGCUCCGAAUCAUUUGAGCACCAAACCCGCCCAAAAAGCCGCAGCCUCUCGUGCUGACGAGCCUGACGUAAUUUCUACGGAUGGAUUCACCGAAGCUGAGCUGAACGACUUCAUUCCCGAAAGGGUGCCAACGCCCACACCGAGCGAACCCGCGGAGGAGCUUCGCGCAGUUUUGGGUGUUAUCCGACACGGUGAUCGCACUCCCAAGCAGAAAAUGAAACUGCGCGUCACCAAUCCCGAGUUGCUGAGCCUGAUGCUCCGAUGCACGAACGGUCGCACUAGAAAGCAGGCCAAACUCAAAACUCCUCAACUGCUUCAAGAGCUCUUGGACAUUUGCAGAGACAUUUACGCGGGACUAGCUGAACGUUCUUCUCAAGCAGACAUCACUCUGAGCGAAGAGGCGCUAGAAGAACUCGAGGCGUGGAAACAAAUAGUAUCCAUUCUCGAGGAAGGCGGUCACUUCAGCGGGAUUAAUCGCAAGGCACAGCUCAAACCUCUAGAGUGGGAGAAGGUUGAAGGAGAAAACGACGUACAAAAUGAAAAGGUUGUCGAGGCGCUUCUGAUCAUUAAAUUUGGCGGAGUACUUACAUACUUGGGUAAAUACCAGGCCGAAGCGCUAGGUAAGGCUUUCAGAGUUCGUAUGUACCCACGAGGCAAUUAUUACGGCUCCGACGCCGACGGAUUACUUCGAUUGCACUCGACGUACCGUCAUGACCUGAAGAUUUACUCCUCUGAUGAGGGGCGCGUGCAGAUCACUGCAGCAGCCUUCGCGAAAGGUUUACUCGCUCUGGAUACGCACCAUGGUCAGUUGACGCCAAUUUUGGCUUCUCUUGUCACCAAGGAUGCAAAGCUGCUAGACUUUGUCACCCACGAUGUCGAGGAAGAUAUCUUACACUCAAAGCACAAGCUGUAUGCGGCGAUGACAUCGAAGCCGGAUCGUCGGCCAAGUGAAACUGAAACAGAAACCGGAGCCUUGAAUCAGACGUUGCGCUUUGCUUCGUUAAACAAGUUCAAGAUUGUUACUCAAAUGGUGAUCGCAUCGCAUCGAAUCCAGUCGGCUCGCGAUUUCUCCUCUUCGGGAUCCCCGCCUGACACGAAUCGAGGCUCUGGUUUUGUGAUCAAGGAGAAACUUAUGGGUGUGCCGAAUCAACCGCUGCGGAAACUUGAGAAAAUGUACGAGCUCACCAAAUUCAUCGCAGUCCAGCUUAGAACGACGCUGAUGGCACAACAGACAAGGUACGACAUGUCUCCUGGAGCAGGAAUCACAAAGCCGGAUACUCGUUCUGCUCUUGCCCCUCGCGGUUCUCUUCCGAAGGGUGGUAUUCAACAGCUGAAGGAGAUGACUCUCCCUGCUGGAGGGGAAUCGUUCUUACUCAUGUACUCGAGAUGGAAGAAGCUGGCAGAGGAUCUGUACCACUCACGGAAAGAGCGAUUUGAUAUUUCCAAGGUUCCGGACGUGUAUGAUGCGGCCAAGUACGACGCAAUUCACAACGAGCACCUUGCGUUGGAUGGACUGGAAGAGUUAUAUGAGAUUGCGAAGGAACUCGCGGACUGCAUCGUGCCAAACGAAUACGGCACUACUACUUCCAGUAAACUGCGAAUCGGUGGUACGAUUGCGGCAGGUUUGAUUGGAAAGCUGCUGAGUGAUCUGAACAGCACUCGCGAGGAGUCGUUCGCUGUCGAAACUGGAAUCGACAGCGGUAUGCGUCGUAUGUCCAUAAGUGAAAAAUCAUCAGCGGUAGUUUUGAAAGAAGAAGAGGAUGGUGAGCCAAUUGACGAAGAGGCGGACGAAAAUAAUGAGGAAAUCGAGGAGCUCAACACAACACGCUUGAAUUUGCGCUACGCAACAGCUCAUGGCGUUCAUAGCCCAUUCAGACACGUGCGCACUCGACUGUACUUCACGUCGGAAUCACACUUACACUCGCUUCUAAAUGUUUUGCAGUACGCUCAUCUUGAUAAUACUCGGGAUGUUGAACGAGAAGGCCGAUCAGCUCAAAGUGCAGCUGCGAGUGAUCAGAGCGACGGAGACAAGCCGAGUGCUUUGAUCUUUACCCCAGGCCCUCGAUCGAGCCCGAGCAAACCUCCCGGCUUACCCCUUGGAAGUCCUCCAAUGAGAUCACCGACUCUGGGCUCGCCUAAGGGUGAAAAGUCCGUUCAAAGGGGAGCCCAACCCGAUGAAGCACAACCUCAGGUUCGCGCGUCCCUCAUCAAUGACAGCUUGAGAGCGCUUAUCAGUCGAGAGAAAGAGCUGGAUUACCUCACGCAUAUCGUGUUCCGUAUGUUUGAACGCUUUCAAGUCCCUCCAUCGGAUCCGAGGCGAUUUAGAAUUGAAAUCUUGUUCUCCAACGGUGUGAACAUGCAUCCGUUCAAGAACAACACAGUUGACAUUUUCGACAAGAUUGUGGGGGGUGCCUCGUCGUCUGACAAGGGCGCGGAGAGACGCGAUGAUGAGGACAUAUCUGAUGAGUUGCUUAAAGAGGUUCCCAUACAAAAUGAUCGAAUCAAGCGCGAUGAUCCGUAUCUUACCCUGAGCACGAUGGAGGAGUAUCUCGCCAACUUCAACCGGCGAGGAAAUCGUGACUCACAUGUCGACACGCCUGGCAAGAAGGCCCGGUCGUCGAGCGUUGGAAGCGAUGGAGGCAAAUCGGGGUCGGCAAAAAGUUUGUUCGCGUGA